ACCGUUUUUUUCGUUAAUGGGAAUAAUUUUCGAAGUCUUGGUGACAAUUCUAAUUCCUAAAUUCAUGAAUCUGCACCCUAUAAAUACGUUUUUCAUUUCAAAUUUGAAUAUUCAAAUCACUACCAUUUUCUCUCUCAACACCCAAAAAAGAACACGAAAUGUACGGAGAGAAUGUUUACGAAACCAAUUCGUCCCUCUUAGAUUCUAUUAGGCUUCACUUGCUCGGAGAUUCCGAUGUUUUUACAUUCGGAGCUUCGUCUGAUGUUCCAGUUUUUUGUCGGAACUUCAGUUUCAACAAAUUGUACCCAUGUAUGAGUGAGAAUUGGGGGGAACUUCCCCUCAAAGAAGACGAUUCAGAGGAUAUGCUACUUUACGGUGUACUUCGGGACGCUGUUAAUGUUGGGUGGGUUCCGUCUCUCGACGGAGCUUCACCGGAGAGUUUUUCCUCGUGUGUUGUGUCGCCGGCGAUAGUGAAGUCAGAGCCGGAUGUUUUUCCGGUGGUGAAGAGUGUGUCUGAGAAUGUUGUUCCUGCUCCAGUGAAGAGUAAGCAUUACCGGGGAGUGAGGCGACGGCCGUGGGGGAAGUUUGCGGCGGAGAUUCGUGACCCGGCUAAAAAUGGGGCGCGGGUUUGGCUUGGAACAUUUGAAACGGCUGAGGAUGCGGCUUUGGCUUAUGAUCGGGCUGCGUAUAGGAUGCGUGGCUCGCGGGCUAUGUUGAAUUUUCCGCUUCGGGUUAAUUCGGAUGAGCCCGAGCCGGUUAGAGUGGCUUCGAAACGGUUUUCAGCGUCGGAGUUGUCCUCUUCGUCGUCGGUGAAACGGAGGAAGAAGGUGGUGGAGCCAAUGGUGACAGGUCAAGCUGGAUUGAAAAUGGCGCAAGAGGGAAGCCAAGUGGCACAUUGCACGUGGAGAUAAAGUAUUGGCCAGUUGAGGUGUAAUGCUGACGUGGAAUGCAUUUUGUUACGUUUCUUUUAAAAUUAAAAAAUCUGCAUCUAAUGUAAAUUAUGUGAUUCUAAUAUGCGUAUAUUGAAGUGGCUGAAGGGCAACAAAUUUUGGAAGUGUUACAAAAGUAAAGAGGGUUCAAGUGGGGUGGGACUAUAAAAAGCGAAAGAAGAUAAAAAGACAAAAAGCGUAAUGGACAAAAACUUAAGAGAAAUUGAAGUGGUGGUGGUGGGUUUGAUUGGUUUUGAAUAUGAUUGGUUCUAAAUGCUCCAAAAGUUAAUUGCAAAAAUAUGGUUAUUUAAUAGCAGUGAAAAAUAUAUAUCAUCAAAAUCACUUGUAUUUCAUAACAAUGUCUCAAUAAAAUUUCAAAUACCCAUUUUCUUUUA